UGGUUGCGCCACGAUGUGACGUCAUAAUUUAUGAUCCAGAUUACUUUCCAUUCAGUACAUUAUGCAAUGCUCUCGUCUUGCAAACACCAAACUUUUCGUAUUUGCCAACCAUCAGACAAAUAUUUAACAGACGAAUAUAUUUUGUUAAAUAAAUGAAUGUACUUAAACGAGGUAAAUGUCGGGAUGGUAAGAGUCGCCUAAAUUUCAUCACUCAACACGUGUAGAUAUCAUGAACGCUACCGAUGUGUUUUAUAAUGUGCCGGUCACAUUUUCGUGGUUCGAUUAUGGCCUGUUCGUCGCCAUGUUGUUGCUAAGCGUACUAAUUGGAUUAUAUUUCGGUUGCUGCGGCCACCAAGACAGUAUCAAUGAGUAUUUACUUGGAGGAAAAGAAAUGUCGGUGGUACCGAUUGCGAUUUCGCUAGUCGCCAGUAAUAUUUCUGGAAUUACGCUUCUGGGCGUCCCAACCGAUGUCUACCGAUUCGGAAGUACGUACUACAUGUAUGUCAGCAUGUUGAUUCCAGUUUAUGUCAUCACAUAUUACGUAUAUCUGCCGGUAUUCUACAAGUUACAAUUGGUUAGCGUAUACGAGUAUAUGAUGUUGAGAUUUAAUAGGAAAAUUCGACUUCUCACUUCUGGUUUAUCUACUGUGGCAACUCUACUUUACCUGCCGAUCGUAGUUUAUAUUCCAGCCUUAGCUCUAACUCAAGGUAAGUUCGUUACAUCUGGCAGUUUCAUAAAAGAAAUUAUAUCUCUUGUUGGCGUAGCAACUCAAUUUAGCUUGCAUCUUGUGACACCCGUUCUAUGUGGUGUGUGCAUUUUCUACACCACCAUCGGAGGACUCAAAGCCGUUGUGUGGACUGAUACGUUACAAUUUGUUGUAAUGAUUGGUUCAAUUGUGGCGGUGUUUUAUAAAGGUUUGGACGCCAUUGGAAGUUUUGACGAAAUGUGGUCUCGGGCCGCUGCUGGUAGACGAUUAGAAUUUGACUUGGAUGUAAAUCCCACAAAAAGGGACACUGUGAUGGCCACAAUGGUAGGUACACUUUUUGGUUGUCUGAGCUACAUGAGUAUUGGUCAAAGUUUUGUGCAGAAAUACCUCUCAAUGCCGACUAAAAAAGACGUCAAAAAGGCUUUAUUUUUAUUUAUGUUUGGAAUGUUUGCAAUCAUUACCUUCGUGGUGUUAACUGGUUUGAUUAUGUACGCGCACUACUACGAAUGUGAUCCGUUCACAGCUGGAAAAAUCACGAAACACGAUCAGAUAUUACCGUUCUACGUCAUGGAUGUUGCUUCGACAAUACCUGGACUAGCCGGUUUGUUUCUAUCUGGCAUUUUUAGUGCAGCGUUGAGCACACUAUCAGCGUGCAUGAACUGCCUCGCUGGAUCUGUGUAUGAAGAUUUUGUAAGUCCGUUCAUGCCGAAGGAUAUCUCACAGAAGCAAGUGUCAAAUAUUUUAAAAUUACUUGUUAUGAUAAUCGGAAUUAUAAGUACCGCCAUGGUUUUUGUUAUUGAACAUAUGGGCAGUAUCUUGCCGAUCAACUACGCUCUCGGCGGUAUUACCAAUGGUCCCCUACUGGGACUUUUCACUCUUGGAAUGUUAUUUCCAGUUGCAAAUCACAAGGGCGCGCUUUAUGGUGGAUUCGGAGGCAUUGCAUUUAUGUCUUUUAUUAUAAUUGGUAGUCAAUACUAUCAGGUCAUGAACGAGUAUGCUGGGAGACCCGUAUCUAUAGAAGGAUGUGGCAACGGCACUAUAUUAUUGCCUAAUUUACCAGAUUCAAGCGUUGAUAAGAGCGACGUCUUUAUUCUAUUUAGGAUAACUCACUACUAUUAUAGUUUUAUGGGUACCCUGGCUACAGUUAUAAUUGGAGUUGUCGUGUCGUACCUGACACGGAAACCUACCGAUCCAAAGGUGGAUCCGGAUUUGAUCAGUCCGUUCAGUUAUUGGGUGUCAAGCAAAUUUGGACUAGAAAAACCUGAAAAGGGAAAUUAUUAUGAAGUAAACAAAGCGCUAGGAGUGGUAACACAUGCAGAAAAACAAACGAAUGCAACGUAGACUGUUACAAAUAAAAUAUAAGUACAAACAAAA